CAAAGCAAAGAGGAAGAAGAAGUAGAGCAAUGGAGGACGGAGGCACAGGCUGCCCAUAGAGGUGCCACGGGGAGGACUGAGAAGGCACCCCUACGGACAUGGACAGCCCGGUGCCGGCACAGGAUUCAGGAUCAGGUGUUGGACAGAUAGACGAGGCUGUGGGACUGUCAGUGGAACAGAAAGGUGCAGCUAAACACAUGGACAGGGCAGGGGCAGCAGCAGAGGAUUUAGGGGCAGUCGCUGAAGAUGAAGAAGAGGCUGAAGGAUUACCUGGGAAGGAUGAGGAAGGUACCGCUAAUUACAUGUACAGCCCAACAGUAGCAGAGGAGUCAGGAGCAGCCGCUGAGCUAGAGGAAGAGGCUACUGUCCCAUCUCAGCAAGGAGAGAAAGAAAAAAGAAAGCUCCUGAAUGAAAUGAUAGAAUCCUAUAAAGAGUCUAAGCUCUCCCUGAGGGACAUCCUGGACGUUGGGCAGGAGAAUAUAAAUGAAGUUGCCCCCCAGACUGUACAAGACCUGCCCUGGGCUCUCCUAAGGAAACUGAUGGCGCUGGACAGGACUGCAAGAACAGUUCAACUUGAGGAUAUUCCUGCAAGUUCAGGGUCAGAUUCUGAUAGCACAGAAGGGGGAAUAUCUCAAUAUUUGGAUAUUUACAGCAAAGAAAAUAACUCUAAUUCCAUCAACCCUUUAGACAUUCUGUGUGUUCUCUUGCAUUGCUCAGAAAUGUUGUUACAGCAGAACAUCUUAUCCAAAAUGUCCCUGUGUCAGUUUGCUGUCCCACUGCUGCUCCCUGCUGGUGGUGGCCCAGAAUGCACCUUCAUGCUGUGGGGCCUGAGAGACAUUGUCAAGAGAUGGAGACCCCACACUUUAGCAGACAGUAAAGGAUUUGUAGAAGAAAAUCUGGUUCAAGUAGAAAUGCCAUUUUUCUCAUUUGUGAGACUGGGGCAAAGCAAAUUAUCUAAAUCUAAAAUCCUUAAUCAAGUGCUCAGCCCAGCUCAGCAGAACCAAGACUUUUUUAUUCAUGAAAAUAUGGAGGGUGGAAACAUUGAUCGACAAAUCUCUGAUGGCCUAGUGGAAAUCACUUGGUUUUUACCCAUUGGCAAAAAAAAUUCUGACACUUUCCCAGAACCUGUUGCUGUUACUAAUUUGCGUGGAGACAUAGAGUCUAACUGGACCCAAUUCAGCUUCCUAACCCAGGUCUCAUCAGCAGUGUUUGUAUUUGCUGAGAGCAUUAAUGAGAGAGAGUGUGAGCUAUUAGCCCAGUGUAGUAAAUCCAACACCAACUUCUAUUUCAUCAUUACUCCUAGUGGGAAAAAAAUCAGUAAAGAGACAUUAGAAUCUUUAAAAAAGUUAAUCUCUUCGCUUAAAGCUAACAAAUCACACAUACUUAUAAAAGAUACAAAAGCAAAUGAUGCAGGAUUGGUUAAACAUAUACAAACCAUUAUAAAGACUUUUAUUAAAGAAUCCAAAAAGACAAAAAAACUGGAAGAUUUAUCAAACACAGCCACUGAACUUGGCAUCAAGGUGGAUGAAAAUUCCCAGGAAUGUCAGAAAGCAAAGACAUAUGCUGAAGAAAUAACUAAAGAGAUACAAGAUGUGGUACAAUAUAAGAAAGAGACAAUGAAACUACAAGGGAAUCUGUGGAAGCAAGUGGCCCAGAUAGAGAAGGAAUUGUGCAGAAUGAGAAAACAAGGGGAUAAAGGUACAGAAGAAUACCGAUCUCAGCUGAUAGAGGAGCUCAAUAAGUUACACAGGGAGCAGAACCAACAUGAUCUGCCUGACUCUAUGAGUAAGUUCAUUUCUGCCAUCACACAUUUCUCUCAAGCUGAGAAACAUUUUUUUCUAAAAUGGAUGAAAUUUGCACUUGACUUUGUGGCGAGAAAUAACCUUUCCACAUUAAAGACUGAAUAUGGGGACAGAUGCAGCACUAAAACAAAUAAUCAGGAUGAACUUAAGCUGCUGGACCAGCAAAUAUCUGACAGUUCUUUGGGAGUAGAACAUUUCCUACGUGAGAUGGGGCAGUUUUAUGAGGCAGAAUGUUCCAUGGUGAGUCAAGGUAAAAUUAAACCAGAUAACAUACAAUUCUGUAAUCUCCCAGAAAUUGCUGCUGAUCUGCUGCUGGAUGGGUUCCCAUUGGAGCUGAUAGAUGGAGAUGCCUCUAAUAUCCCCCUACAGUGGGUAACUGAUCUUUUGAUUCAGUUGGAUAAGAAGACAGCAGGAAAAUGCAGAAUGAGAGUAAUCACAGUGCUGGGAGUGCAGAGCACAGGGAAAUCCACCCUCCUGAACACCAUGUUUGGGCUGCAGUUUUCAGUGUCCAGUGGACGUUGCACACGAGGAGCCUUCAUGACACUGAUUAAAGUGAAAGAGAAUCUCAAGGAGAACUUGGGCUGUGACUUUGUUCUGGUGAUUGACACUGAAGGUCUGAAAGCCCCAGAACUGGCUUCUCUGGAGGGCAGCUAUGAACAUGACAAUGAAUUGGCAACUCUAGUGGUUGGGCUCAGUGAUAUCACCAUAGUUAAUAUUGCCAUGGAGAAUGCAACAGAAAUGAAAGACACUUUGCAGAUUGUAGUUCAUGCUUUCCUUAGGAUGAGUGAAAUAGGAAAACGACCCAACUGCCAGUUUGUGCAUCAGAAUGUGAGUGAUGUUUCUGCUCAUCAAUUGAACAUGAGGGACAGAAAGAAACUCCUGGAGCAGCUGGAUGAGAUGACGAGAGUAGCAGCCAUCAUGGAAAAGAAGAGCGGGAUCACAAGCUUCAGUGAUAUCAUGGACUAUAACCUUGAGAGAGACAACUGGUACAUCCCUGGGCUUUGGUACGGUGUCCCACCCAUGGCUUCUGUAAGCUCCGGCUACAGUGAGAAUGUGUAUGAACUGAAAAAAUAUUUGUUUCAAUUCAUGGAGGAACAGAAAAGUGUUGUACAAGCCCAAAAUAUUGAUGAAUUAAUUAAAUGGACAAAAAGCUUGUGGAAUGCUGUGAAACAUGAGAAUUUCAUUUUCAGUUUCAGAAACAGCCUGGUAGCUGAAGCCUAUAAUAACUUGACAAUAAAAUAUUCUCAGUGGGAAUGGGACUUCCACAAACAGGUUCAUACCUGGCUCAUUAGCACUGAGAAUACUAUCAGAAACCAGUCAUUAGAGAAACUGACUCCAGAAUCUUGCAGGGGUUUUAAAGAAGAUUUGCUCCAUAUUCUUUGUGGAGAGGAGAAAAAAAUGCUAGAUUUAUUGAAAGUGUAUUUUGAUAGUAAAACUGAUAAUGCCCAUCUGAUUGAAAAGUACAGAGAAGAUUUCUCCAGAGGGGUGAAUUUUCUCCGGGAGAAACUGUACCAGUCUGUAACAGCAAAGAUUGAGGAAACUAUUAGAAUCCAGAAAGGGAAAUAUAAAAUAAAGGAUAUACAGAGCACUUACCAAAAAACUAUUGAGGAAAAAGUCACCCGUCUCUUGGACAAGGUCAGAGAAAGGAAAAGUCGGCUUGGGAAUGAUGAAAUAAGAAAGGCGUUUGAGAAUAUGUGGGAAAGUACAAUAGCUGAGCUGCCAAAGAACCACAUAGAGAAACAUAAUGUUAGUCAGGGAAUGCUACAGAAACUCAAAUGGGACUUACACAAUAGAGGGAGUUCUAUAAAUCAGGAAAUUCUUAAAGUAAAACAUUUAUAUGACUUUGGAAACAACACAUUCACAGUUAAUAGUAAAACUCACCUUGGUAAUAUAUGGCAGCGUGUCAAAAAAACUGUGCUUAAUCUUAAGCUAUGCUGGGAGUCUGAAUGUGUUCAUGGAGUUGAAAUGCUUGUUUCUUCCUUAGCAGAAAGAUGUUCUGAUUACGUAACACAGAAAGUGAAUAAAAAAGGGAGCUAUGAUGGAACGUGCUGCCAGGAAUUGCUGAAUAUAAUAAAUGAAAAGCUCAGGGAGGAUGAAGUAAAGAACCUUCCCAUUACCCAUCAGUUUGAGUUGGACAUAAAGCUCCAUAUCUUGGGCAGCGCGGCUCUGAGGUUCCAGAAGAUGCAUGAUGAGUUUAUCCUGGAGAAUGACCCUGUGCUCUGUCUGGAAAAACUAAAGCCACUUUAUUGGACAACAUUUGAAAAUAUAUUCCAGGAAAAGGAUGAAACACAAAGCAAAGCCAAACAAUUCUGUGAGCUCUGCCUGAAACCGGCAAUAACUGACCACAUUAACCAGCAUCUCGGAGGAGAUAUUGUAGAGAAUAUUUUGCACAGUGGAAAUACUAAAGAAUAUUCCAGUAGAAGCUUCUUCCAGUUCACUGUGCUAAAGAAACUGCUGGAUGAACAGAAAUUCCCUCAGUUUGUAACUUACAUUAAUUCCUAUGAGCAGUUUGUGAAAUCCUGGAUAAAACAGUACAUAUUAGAUACUUAUACAUAUUCACAAAGUCUAGAAAAUUUACAAAUCAAUAUUCUCUCUCGUAUCUUUAAUGAUAUCAGGGCGGUGCUUAACAACCCAGAGAUACUUGCUAUUUCCACCAUCUCAGACUUUUUAAAAAGAUUUUGUGAGAUGUUAGAGAGCAAACUAGUAAUUUCCCAAGAGGAGAUAAAAGUGAUUAUUUUCCAGAACAAAGCAGAUAUUCAGCAGUUUUCCAAGGAUAUUCAGUUAUUUCUCAAUGACACAGAGAAACAGAUUGGAUCACAGAUUAAAUCCUCUUGUACAGAAUCAGUACUUGCCAAACUCCCACUGAAACCAGAGGAUGUGCUGUUUAAGAAGGUGUUUGGCUGUGGGAAGCAGUGUCCCUUCUGCAAGGUCCCCUGUGAGGCUGGAGGUACUGACCAUAAGGAGCACUUUGCCUCUGUCCAUCGGCCUCAAGGUUUGGGAAGAAAUCGAUGGACCUCUAGUGGCAAGUUGGCUAUAGAAUUAUGUUCAACUGAUGUUGUCAGUGACUGUAAAUUCAAAAAUUCAGAUACAAAGUGGGAAUAUCACCCUUACAAAGAAUACCGAACAAUCUACCCAGAGUGGGCCAUUCAGCCUGACCCCAGCAUCACAGCCUCCGACUACUGGAAAUAUAUUUUCAAACAUUUUAAUAAGCAAUUUGCAGAAGAAUAUGAGGCAGAACCAGCUGAUCUGCCUGUAACAUGGCUCCUGAUAACAAAGGAACAGGCUCUCAAAAGCCUAAAAGAAAUAUUUCAUUUGAAAUAACAGCAAUGAAACAGGUUACAGUAUUAUAUUCUUAAAGAUCAGAUUUUACUCUACA